CACACGAAUAUCCGAUGGCCAAUCCCCAUUUUGUGAAUACAUAACUAGUAGUCAGUGCCAUUUAGUAUAAAGUUGAAUACUAUUUAGUCUGGAGUGAGUAAGUGGUAACCGUUUAUUAACGAGUGUGAAAGUUUGGCAGAUUGACGUGGAGGUACUUUAUAAUAGAUCGUAAUAAUAACAUAAUAAUUACAGGGGCAUUAUUAAUAAAACAUGUCACAUCAAACAGGAAUAAAAGCAAACGAUGCAUUGAAAAAAAUAUUUGUCAGAUGUCGUGAUGGAAAAAUACGAGUAUUAAAAGUUUCUAUAGAGAAUGAGGAACUCGUUCCGGCAACAUCUUCGAAACCUGUUGGUAAAUGGCAAGACGAUUACGAUAAGAUGGUGAAGCCAUUGAUAGCAGAGAAUCAACCGGCAUAUAUUUUAUAUAGAAUGGAUACAAAAUCACCGGAUUCUGGAUACGACUGGCUUCUUAUUUCAUGGUCUCCAGACACUGCUCCAAUUAGACAGAAGAUGCUGUACGCUUCUACAAAAGCUACUUUGAAACAAGAAUUUGGUACUGCAUCUAUAAAAGAUGAACUUCAUGGAACAGUAAUAGAAGAUAUAAUAUUGGAAGGUUAUAAUAGACAUAAAAAGAAUGAUGCUGCUCCAGCUCCAUUAACUUCUGCUGAGGAAGAACUAGUUGAAUUAAAGAAAACUACUAUUCAUACUGAUUACAAUAUAGAAACAAGACAUCAAACUUUAAAUGGCGUAGCUUUUCCUGUAACAGAUGAAGCUAAACAAGCAAUAACAGGCCUAGGAAAAGGGAUUCAUGAAUAUGUUCAAUUGAAGAUUGACAUAGAGAAAGAAAAGAUUCAUUUAGUAAUAGCUUGUGAUGUCUCUCUGGAUAAGUUGCCUACAAAGGUACCUGCUGAUGCUGCUAGAUACCAUUUAUACAAUUUUAAACACACUCAUGAGGGUGAUUAUAUAGAGUCAAUAGUAUUUAUUUACAGCAUGCCUGGGUACAGCUGUAGCAUAAAAGAAAGAAUGUUAUACUCGUCAUGCAAAGCUCCACUACUUGAUCUCAUUCAAUCAUUAGGGAUAACUAUUGCCAAAAAGCUAGAAAUAGAUGAUGGCAAGGAUCUUACGGAAGGAUUUUUACAAGAGGAACUGCAUCCAAAAGUUAAUUUGCAUCGGCCGAAAUUUGCCAAACCGAAAGGUCCUCCAGGACGAGGUGCUAAACGUAUAACUAAAGUCCAGGAUUUAGACAGACAAGAAGAUUAGUUUUGCAUAGUGUUUUUAUUAAUUUGAGGUUUAUUAAGGUAGUAGGGACUGCAAACAGCUACAAGAUUUUAUCUUUUUAUUGCAUUUUUAUUUUUGGAUUUUAAUUAUUUAUUAUUUAUUCCUAAUUUUCUUAAUAUCUUCAAGUUUGAUAGUAUUUUUAGAAUAAUCACAUUUUUAUCAGGCCUAUUCUGACAAUUAAAAUGAGAAAAUUAUAUAUUAUAAUGUAAAUAAUGGAAAGUAUCAAAAAAGAUAUAAACUAUUUGUCUUAUUCAGUAAGAA